GCCUGAUCUCUGUCAUCAUAAAAACAGCAGCGAGUUCCCAUUUCUUGAUAAGUGUGGAAUUGGAGCUGUCCAGAAAUGUGGACACACCCCAUUUUGAUGCCCGAGAAUUUGGAUUAUAUACUGCCUUCAUGGAGGGAAAAAAUAAGAAAAAGAAUCUUAUCUCUCGCUUCUCUAAUUUGUUUCAUUUUAGUAUUUUACCUGUUUCUGAUUUAAUUCUUGGGAUUCGAGACGCCUGCUUCCGUCACCGUUGCAAGUCAUCAGUGAGAUUUUACAAGAGCAAAUUGACGCUCUUUCUCGUUCGCUCCCUCUCCCUCUCUCUCUCUCUCUCUCUCUCUCAGCUUAGAGAAAGUCAGCAAACGCAGCCAGCUCUCCAAUGGCGGACGGUUCAGGGUUCAGUCAUCAACUCGUUGCUUCUCACAGAUUCCCCGAGACGACGUUCGAUUACACGGAGAGAGACGUAGCUGUUUAUGCUCUGGGAAUCGGAGCUUGUGGCCGAGAUGCCGUCGAUGAAGACGAGCUCAAAUAUGUUUACCACGAGAACGGCCAAAAAUCUAUCCAGGUCCUUCCAACAUUUUCUGCUUUGUUUUCGGUGGGAAUAAUGAUGAAAGGGUUGGACAUACCUGGUUUAGAUUAUGAUCCUAGGCUUCUGUUGCAUGGGCAGCAGUAUAUUGAACUUUACCAGCCAUUCCCUUCAAGUGCAUCGCUGGUGAACAAAUCAAGUCUUGCUGGAUUGCAUGACAAAGGCAAAGCUGCUAUUGCUGAAAUUGAGACCAAGACUUAUGAGAAGGGAUCUGGCAAACUACUAUGCAUGGGCAGAUCAACGGCUUUUCUCAGGGGAGCUGGUGGCUUCUCAAAGUCAUCUCAGCCGUAUUCAUACUCCACUUAUCCAAAAGACCAAAUUGGUGCUAUUGAAAUCCCCAAAUCUCUACCCUCAGCUGUGUUUCAAGAUCUUACUCAACCUUCUCAGGCAUUGCUGUAUCGGCUGUCCGGUGAUUAUAAUCCACUGCAUUCCGAUCCUAACAUUGCUACAGUUGCAGGAUUCUCGCGUCCGAUAUUGCACGGACUGUGCACUCUUGGAUUUGCAGUCCGAGCAGUCAUCAAAUCCAUCUGCAGAGGAGACGCGAAUGCAGUGAAGAACAUUCUAGGCCGAUUCCUCUUACAUGUUUACCCUGGCGAGACUUUGAUCACCGAAAUGUGGCUUCAAGGCUCGAGGGUCUUCUACCAAACAAAAGUGAAAGAAAGAAACCGGGCUGUGCUGGCUGGCUAUGUCGAUCUUCGUCAUAUACCUUCUGCUUUGUAAAUCCAGGGGGAUCAAAAUGUCUGAAAAACAACUGUUGUAGUCCAAUAAAUGUAUGCAUGUGUGUUGUGUGUUGUUAUUAUAUCCUUUUAGUUUGGCACAUUUGUAAUUGUGGAGCUCGUUUGGUCAUCUUUUGUAGUCCAAUAAUGUAUGCAUAUGAGUUACUAUAAGUGAUUUGAUAAAUAACUAAAUAACCAAGGGUGGCUUGGAUAUGAGAUUGUUGAAAUACCUCAAUUAAGAGGUAGAUUUGAAUAUUUUUUUCUUUGUAUGAUAAGUGAUUCCUACAUUUUGAUUGUUAUAUAUUGUGAGUGCUCAUUAGAGGUGGAUUCAAAUACAUUAUUGUGAUGCAUCAUGCA